AAAAUUGGCCCGUCAGGGCUCCGUUCCAACAUGGUCAAAGGGUCAGUCAGUUAGUAGCCAGUCGUUCCACCAAAUCACGAUACCGGGACUGGUCCCGGUUGUGGCACCGCUCUCACCCUCCAUGUUGUCAAGGUUUCUUUGGGUUCUCGAACGGAUUUUUCGACGAUGCAACGAUGUCCUUUCAGAAGUCAAGGCGUUUUCGUUUGCACGAGGGUCGAGUCGUUGGAUUUUUGCCGAAGUUGUGGGGCUCAACGGUGUGAAGCGACAUCUCCGUCUCGGGACCAACUCUGCCUGUAACGAACCAGGUCACCCCAGCGAUGGCCGAUAAGAACCAGAAACUCACUCAGGCCGAGUUGUUGGAGUUGUUGAGCCCACCGCCCUUCAACCAGAAGAAGUGCGUACCACCGGACGCGGUGAUCUUGACCUCCCCGGAGGAGCGUUGGUGGAGGUCUGAUUCACCUCGAUUGCCCGGCGACCAGUUCCCAGACGUCCCACCUCCCAAGGUGGAUCCAACCAUGUCUGCGACCACAGGCUCCAAGGGGCAUGGCCUGCGACAAGGGCCCAUCCUCUUCCAGACCACCGCGCAGACUGGCUGUGGGACUGCAGCUCAUUUCAAGAUGGAGGAAGGCGUGCCACCGGUGAUCUCUGGCUUCAGUGGACACUUCCCAGGGAAGCAGGGCGCCAAUGUCAUUGGCGCCACCUUUGACAAGUCCUACACUGAAUCCUUGUCUCAUACCAUCUCUUUGGGAAAGUGAGCAGCGCCAGAAGUAGAGACCACAGCCGGCCUGUCGACGGUUUUUUGGCAUCGUUUUUGGUGAGGAGGAGUAUGUUCGGGC